UCCCGGAAGCCGCGCGGCCGGGACUCCCGCCGCCCCUCGCGGCUCCCUCCCGAGCCCCUCGCGGGCCCCCGCGCGACCAUGGCGCGGGGCCUGGCGGGGAUCCUGGCGUGCUGGCUGGGCAGCGGCCUGCUGGUGUCAGCAUUAGUGAUGGUGCCCCCUCCUGAAAAUGUCAGAAUGAAUUCUGUUAAUUUCAAGAACAUUCUACAGUGGGAGUCACCUGCCUUUGACAAAGGGAAUCUGACUUUCACAGCUCAGCAGAAAAGUUACCAGGGAUUCCAGAAUGCAUGCCAGAGUACUGUGUCAACACAAUGUGAUUUCCCCAGCCUUUCCAAGUAUGGCAACUACACCUUGAGAGUCAGGGCCGAAUUCGCAGAUGAACAUUCGCAGUGGGUGGACAUCCCCUUCUCUCCUGUGGAUGACACCCUCCUUGGACCUCCUGGAAUACAUAUAGAAGCCAUUGCUGAUUCUUUACACAUGCAUUUCUCAGCCCCGCAAGUGGAUAAUGAACCCGGACCAUGGACCAUGAAGGACUUUUAUCCCUCAUUGGCUUACAGGGUGCAGUACUGGAGAAAUGGAAGCGAGGAGAAGGUUCAAGUUACUCUUAACCAUGACUUCAAGGUCAUCACUAACCUAGAGCCCUGGACAACUUACUGCGUUCAAGUUCAAGGAUUUGUUCCUGUUAGAAACAAAACUGGGCAGUGGAGUAAGCCUGUCUGUGAGCAAACACAAGACGAAACUUCGCCCUGGGUAGUGGCCGUCGUUCUCAUGGUGUCUGUCUUCGCGGGCUUCCUGGUGCUUGUCGGCUGCUUUGCCUUGAUCUGGUGCAUUUACAAGAAGACCAAGUACACCUUCUCCCCCGGAAAUGCUCUCCCCCAGCACCUGAAAGAGUUUUUGGGCCACCCUCAUCACAGCACGCGCCUGUUUUUCUCCUUUCCAUUCUCUGAUGAGGAUGAAGUUCUUGACAAACUGAGUAUCAUUACAGAAGACUCCGAAAGCAGCAAGCAGAAUCCCAGCCAUGGUGACAACCUGGGAACCCCAUCUGGGCCGGGACCUCCAGAGACAGUUUCCAAGGAAGAAACACUCUCAGCUGGACUGGAGGACCCCACGAACCUCAUAUCAGUCCCAGAGCUGCCAUCAGAGCAAGCCACUCCCUGAGAGACCUCCCUACCCACACAUCUCCGACUCCGGAUUUGUUCACACAACCCAACAGCUAAUUUUAAAGGCUCAGACGGCAGAAACACUCCAUUUUGAAGACUCAUUGCUUUAUAUAAAGACUUUGAUUUUUUUUUAAGCCACUGAACAUCGGUCUCAUACUCAUUAAAGUACGAAUUAUAGCUUAACUGUGAGGAAUAUUUUAAAUGAGAACUAAGUGGGGCGCUAAUUGACAGACCUGAAAAACAACCUCACCUUAAAAGUGGCCAUCACCACACUGGACGGACACAGCCGUGUGGGAUUCCCAGGGAGGCUUGGGAAGGACUUCUUUUUCUACCUGUGUGUAUUUUAUGUAGUGCCGGUGCUGUCUGAAAUCUUUCAUCUCUAUCUAAUGUGUUUGUGUUUGUCAGCUUUCUGUGGUUACAAGAUACCUGAUAUAAACAACUUCACAGGA